UUGAACACCCAACCCCCAGCCCAGGAAGCCCGACGCCUGCCCGGCCUCAAACGCUCUCAAAAUGAAAAGGCGCAGUCCAUGCUGUUUAGGUUCCGCGAAGCACAGGCGGCGGACCUAGGUAUUAUCGAUAUCGGCAGAACGAGACGACCCAGAGUCAUCACCGAAGUCGACUCGAUCCCCUCUUGCGAAAAAUGGCGCGGCCAGGUGCUCAAGGAGAUCUCGCGCAAGGUCUCCAAAAUCCAGGACAUCGCGCUGAGCGAUUAUCAAAUCCGCGAUCUGAAUGACGAGAUCAACAAGUUGAUGAGGGAGAAGUACAUGUGGGAGGUACAAAUACGGAACUUGGGAGGACCGAAUUACAUGCGCGGAGGCGGCAAAAUCUACGACGAGCAAGGACGAGAAAUACCCGGCGGCGGCAAGGGCUAUCGCUACUUCGGACGCGCGCGAGACCUGCCCGGUGUCAAGGAGCUGUUCGAUGCAGCAAAGGCGAAAGCAACGGACGAGAAGCCACUCGAGACAAGAGACGAUCUGCGGAAACAAGUCGAUGCUGCGUACUACGGUUACGCGCCAGAUGAGGAGGAUAAAGACCUGCUGGCGUACGAGGCCGCCAAGGAGGAGGAAGCGUUCGAGCACAUGGCCAAGUCAGGCAAGAAACAACCACCAGCCGACUGGGAACCUCUGCCAGGCGACGCGGGAGACGGCAAGGGAUGGGAUUUACCGACACUAGAGGAGGUGCAGGAGGAAUUGAUCAACAGAAGGCGGCAGAAGCUUCUGGAUCAGUUAUAG